GUCACUCUGCACUAGCCGCCUAUCGAUAAUUGUUAUAAAAAAUUGUUAUAGUUGCGGAUUUUUUGUGUUUGGCGAGUGUGCGAAAAAGAGAUGGCAGCGGCAUAUGUUUAACGUGUCCGGAGAAUGUUUACAGUUAGCCCGCCGCUUGCGUAAUUGAGCCCGUGUUGGUGUUGGUGGCCCUAUCCGUGCAAUAUUCCGCCUCUCCGGUCGGAUUAUCCGUGUCAAAUCGAGAUUAUUGCAGCGUAAUUGACAUUCGGCGUCAUCUCGACGACGCCUUUAAUUCACGCCCAUCGCAUCGGCUGUAGCUAUAGCCCCAGAAUCAGCCAGCAUUAUCUUCGAUCCCGCAAUCACACUAGGAAUUGAUAAAUACACCCGCUAGUCCCUUUGAGUGUAUGUGUGUGUGAUGUGCUAAACAGUCCGGUAAAUUCACUGAUCGAAUUAAGCGCGCCAAUUAACAACGACUGACUGAGUGACGAAUAUAUAUAAUGAUCGCGGUGGAUCUUGCUGGGCAGUAAACCGAAACGAGAGUCCGAGUCAUUAGCAUUACACCCAGCAGGAGUGGAAGUACCUUAGGAAGAGCAAGAGCAAGUCGGGCCUGAAAAUGGCACGUCACAUUAUGGCCGUUUGCGUGGUGUGCCUGCUCUGCGCGCACCGCCUGCACUGCCAGGAUCACAUCGAGAGUCUACUGGGCCCGGCGCUGGCCAUGACCCACGGCCAGGAGCAGCUAAACGCCCGCGUCUAUUCGAAUCUGAGUCCCUCCAGCGAAACCACCGAUCGGCGGCAGCAGCGAUCCGCUUCUGGCGACGACGACACCCCCGACUACAGCACCAGUCCGCCCUCGCGGAGACAAAAGCGUCAUGCUGGCCACGACCACAGCGUCGAGUCCCGCCUCCCGCAGAUCACCCAGUACUAUCUUGAGCAGCUGAUGGGCCAGAACGAGCUGAUGAACAGCAGCGUAUUCGAUGGCCUGCUCCAGCAGCUCAGCCUCCACUCGUUGGUCAGUGGGGCAAGUGAGGGAACUUGCGUGCCCGCUAGUCGGCUAGUGCAUCAUGUGCAGCCUCACGAUCAUUAUCAUCACCACCAACACCAUCAUCAGGAGGAGGAUGAGGAGCACAAACAGCUGCAACCCAACAAUUGCACACUCAGCCAAAAUGGUAGCAACUCCAGUGUCAUCUGCGCACCCCUGCUCAACAAUCACACCCAUCCCCUCAGCGAGGAGGCCAAGAACUUUGCGCUGAGUGAAAAGGACUUGCUAAACCUGUGUCCGGUUCUUCUCUACGAGCUGAAGGCACAGAGCGGCGGAUGCAUAGAGGCCUCAGUCCUGGCCGACAUCGACAGCACGGAAAUGCUGCUGGAGGCGGAAAAGGACAAGGAUAUGUUUUACGUGUGGAUCUAUGCCUUCAUUUCGGUGUUUGCCUGCGGACUCCUCGGCUUAGUGGGCGUGGCCAUCAUACCGUUUAUGGGCUCACGCUACUACAAAUACAUCAUCCAGUAUCUGGUGUCGCUGGCCGUCGGUACGAUGACCGGCGAUGCCCUGCUGCACUUGCUGCCUCAUUCUCUGGCAGGCCAGGAUGAGCGGGGCAUGAUCAUGAAGGGGCUGGGCUGUCUGGCCGGCAUCAUAUUCUUCUAUGUGACGGAGCAUGCGCUGACCAUGAUCUCCGAGUGGCGCAAGAGCGUGGAGAAGAAGGAAACGAAGAAGCCGUCGCGGGCGAAGGUGAUGCGGGAUCCCGACUCGUCGGUGAACAACUCGGUAGCCGGCGACAAGAUCUGCAAGCAGAAGUACAGCUCGUAUCCGUACUGCUACGACGAGAUCACCAUGAACAACAAGCAGAGCGAGUGGAUGCAUCUUCCCGGCGACGGUGUGAACUCGACGGCGGGCGCUGGCGGAGAUGCUGCCUCCGCCUCGGAGGUGCGCAACGGUGUGGGCGACCACGAUGGCUCCAGUGACAUGGCCGCCGCAGCCGAAUCCCUGCUCUCAACGCUGCACACGAACUGUGUGGAGAUGAAUCACCACAAUCACAACCACAAGCACAACAGCCACCAGCAGAGCCAGGAGGGCCAGGACAACAACACCAUUGUCACCGAUCUGGACGGGAAUGCUGUGUACGCCUCGAACAGUGCUAAGGAAAAGGAGGGCCGUAACGAUCAUGUGACCGUGAUCCUGCGGGAGCACGAAUCCUCGCAUCACGGCCACAGCCAUCGACAUGGACAUGUCCACUCGCCGCCGGAAACGCUCAGUGCUGUGGCGUGGAUGAUCAUCAUGGGCGACGGGCUGCACAAUUUCACCGAUGGCAUGGCCAUCGGCGCAGCCUUUGCGGAGAACAUUGCCGGCGGUUUCUCCACCUCCCUGGCCGUCUUCUGCCACGAGCUGCCGCACGAGCUGGGCGACUUUGCCAUCUUGAUGAAGGCGGGCAUGUCGGUGAAGUCGGCCGUCUACUACAACCUGUUGACGGGUGUCCUGAGCUUCAUCGGCAUGAUCUUCGGCAUUGCCUUUGGCCAGUCGCAGGAUGUGGCCCAGUGGAUGUUUGCCGUGGCGGCGGGCCUAUUCAUCUACAUUGCCCUAGUUGAUAUGAUGCCCGAGAUAUCGGCCUCGCACAAAUCGCUGGGCCAGUUCCUGCUGCAGAUACUGGGCAUGCUGAGCGGAGUGGGGAUAAUGCUGGUGAUUGCCCUCUACGAGGGCGAUCUCAUGAGCGUGUUUGGAACGGCGGGAGGCGCAUCGCUCCAGCACGUGCAUUAAUCACAUAACUGAAAUUGUAACCAACCGCAGCGAAUCUUGUAGCGUAUUAUGUGAAUUGCAGCGAAUCUUGUGUAUUAACUGCAUUUUUCCGCCAGGCCUAUAGGACCUCUUGAAUUAUUAUUUUUUGUAUAAUUUGAUUAGAUUGUUGUUUACCUUAGUCCACAGAGUUACACAUAACACAUAACACAACCACCCACAGACACAGCCGGUUGGCGCUUAUCAAACGCAUUUGUUAUCCAGUUUAUGAAACACACAACCACCACACACACCCACACAAGCGACGCGAUUCAGCAAACUCGUUUUAUUUUCGUUCCUAAUUUUGGCAUCUGAACUGCGUUCGAGUCGACUUCACACACGAUUUAAUAUAAGAUGUCUUACAAUUGCCUAGGUUAUAAAGUGAUCUUGAAUUUAGAAGAAACCAAUUGAAAAGCAUGUCUAGAAAGUUGCUCUAAAACGACACACGCGAGAAACAAAUAACAGAAAAUUGAUUGGAUUGGAUCCGUAUCCCAAAAUCCAUUAAUUUCCGAUCUUAUACACUGAAAGCAGAACCUAAAAAUUACAAUAUAUAUAUAUAUAUUGUAGAAUAUGUAUACAUACAUAUAGUUUUUGUAUUUUGUAGUCUAUAGGGUGCGCACGUUUACUUUAUGCGAGUUUGACAUUCUAAGCCCAGAAUUAAGAGAUGUCCACUGUUAUGAUUUCUGACAGUACUUAAAAUGACUCUAACGCAUAUGUUUUCCACUUUAGGAAAUACACAAAACCAUUUAAGCUUAAUUUAUUAUCGUAUUUGUAAUAAAUUGAAAAGAUUAUUAAACUGCACCCUCAUGCAUAGUUUAGAUUUUCGCUACCUCGUAGCGCCUUCGUUUAAUUAUGAUUUUGUAAUAAACCAAGCUAAAACAAAA